GAUAUUGCUCAAAUAGCUCUGUUUAUAAAAUAGGGUCCUCUAUUUGUUUAUCUCUACUGUUUAACUGAGUUUCACCAUUUAUUUUGCCAAAACUUCAUACAAACAACACGUGAUGAAGUAUAGCUACUAUGUCGUUAUGUCGGCCUACUAUCGGCCAAAUGAUGAAUAAACCCUCACUGAAGAUAGACCUGCAACAAUUUUAAAAAUUCCCUGUCUUCUUUCGAGGCUAACCACUGUCUAAUAUUUCUCGUUUUCCCCUUCUCAUUCAAUUGACUACUCAAAAAUUUAACGGUUAUUUUAAUGUAAUGAUGAGUACGAUGCGAAUGAUCGAAGCUUCAUCACGAAGGGCAGCAGGCAGUCGCGCUUCUAGGUAUUUGGCGAUUCCGUCGUCCGCUCCGGAUCGGACAUCAGCCAAUCAGCGGGUUCAACGCGCUGGGCAUCAAAAUAAUCACCCACAGCCCCGCGACCCGUCUCCUACAACCCCUCAAUAUUCUCACAUAUGUGUCCCUGGAAACAAUGUCACGUUCAUUUUCUUUCGUCUGCCUUCUGCUCGGCAAGAGGCUGAGUGGCCACUCUGUCUUGUUGUUAGCAGCGAUGUCACCGCUGCCCGCUGCAACCUCAACGUGUAGGAAUACACCGCUGCAAUCACGAGAGUGUCUGGGAGGAGGAAGGGCGUCGCUCCGCAGGACCGCAGCCGCCUGCCACAGCAGCAUUGUCUGUCGUGGUAGCAGCGCUCGCUGUCGAAGUCAUAGACAGCAUCGUCGCCGCCGCUGCUCCGGUCCUAUCCGCCCGAUCGCACGGUGCUGUAUAAUCCUAGACCCGUCGUUGUAACCCUAUCGCCGCCUCUUGAAGGCACUGUAUGAGCAGCGCCGCUGCUGCGGCACUGCCAUCAAAGGCUCUCGCGCUGAUAGCCGUCGAGCGCUGUUAUUUCCUUCGUCGUUGUUGUCGAAGAAUGUUAAAGUCGAAAAGGCUACCGUCGCCCCUCCUUCUGCUAGACGAGCUCUUCCUUACGUGUGAUGUUGUCGCGCUGGCGUUCUGCUUGCGCUGCAACCACCGCCAGUGAGGGGUUCGAUGUCUGGUCGGACGGGACAGCGCCCAGGUGACGGCGCUGGACGUUCAUCACUUUGAAAACGAACGUUGAUUUCGUUUGUUGUGCUAUGGGUCCGAUGGGUGAGGAGGCGGCGGAAGCGGCAAGAGGCCAAAAGGCCGUAAAGUGGUAGGUGGUGUGCGUGGUUGUCUGUUUGUACUGGUGUGCGUAAGUGACUCUAUGCAAUUAUUGGCCGUGGCUAGAUGGCAAAUUAGGCUAUCUACCGAGAAAAAGCAACUGUGCUUUAUUUGAUAUAUAACGCAGGUAAUGAUGUGCUAGCGUGUUCGAAUGGCUAUGUAAGUGCACGGGUGCAUUGUGAUUGUAGUGCGCAGUUACGCUCCUGCCUAGCAUAAGCUCCACCGGUGUGCGGGACAAACGAAAAAGCAAGAGAAGGUUUGCUGUACGAACGAAAGCGAAGCGGUAAGAUUGAUCGAGUCCCAUCGUUGCCAUGUUGAAAUUCGAGCUAAUCCGCUAUUGGUAAUGCAGCAGCGAAACUAUGCGAGUGCCAGUCGAUCAGUGAGUCAGUCGUUAGUACUGUUGGCUGAUGUACGUAGCUGUGGCAGUACUUUGGAGCGCCGUAACAGCAGCUGCGACGUUCCACUAGCUGCACAACCACUACAUUUACUGUUGCUGCAAACGGCAGCAGAAAUCGACUCUCGUAAACAAAAGGGGUCGCUGCAGCGUCACCGAAACUGGUUGCUCAGCGGGACGCCGAACAACAACGAAACCCCAUAUUCGAAACCUACGAACAUUUGCUUCAUUGUCGACACCGGUCGCUGACAAAGGAGGAACGACCCGUAGGCCCGCAGCAAGCAUCACGAAAAAGGAUAAACUUUGUCGAAGGAACGCAACAGAAACAACAGUGAUAAGCCGCAUCAACGAGGCACUUGUCUGUGCUCAUGCGUAAAUUGCACCUAGGUGUAGGUGUAGCUCUUUAGCCGUGUGCGUGAUAGAAUAAAAUCAGCAAUAAACAAAGGCGCGAAAUGAAACAAUUCGCGCGAUAUUUGGACGCACGUUUCUUAGCUUGAUCACUUAUUUGACUAUUUGAGUUUGCUCAGGCAGUCAGGUUGGCGCUGUCGAAAAGAGACGUUGCUGCCUGCGGAGGCAAUGUUCAAUGACGAAUGCAAGAUGGUAAAGGUUAGAACCGCGAUACCGCGAUCUGGUUUGAGUUGAACGAAGUCUUCGAGAGUGACAAAUGUAUAUGUGUGCGUUUGUGAAUGGAUUGUGAUUAGGAGAGCCUUCGAAUUAACCGAAUAGCGGCGAAGGAAUAGCAAGAACGGUAGAAGAAUAACAAACGGAAAUAACAGCAGCGCCUCGCCUACCGAGUAAGCCAACCACAACAGCCUUAAGUGCUCGAUUCUAGGUCCAUUCACUGUCGCCAUUGACAUCUCGGGAAGAAGAAGGAGCCGAUGAGGGAUAAUGCUCUCUUGAAAAAAGCAGUAGUCAAAGUGAACAACAACAAAAUUUUCCAUCGACAACGAAUUAUUCAACGGAUACAUUAACCACGCCAAAGUCAGUUAAUGUCAUAAAAAGAGGACACAAUAGUAACACAUCUUGGACAUGUUGUUCGACAUUACAAUUGACUGAACACGUGCAGGAAUCAGAACUCGUCUCUCGCCGAUCGCAAGCAGCAGCGUUACGUCGGGCAACACAAUUUACGAUGGGAAACAUUCAGACUGUUGGGCCCAAUGAGGCUCUCAUUGUGUCAGGGGGAUGUUGUGGCAACAGCGCAAAGAAAAUGGUUGUUGGUGGCUGGGCAUGGGCCUGGUGGCUUGUCACAGAUGUUCAGCGGCUUAGCCUUGAGGUGAUGACUCUGAAGCCUCGCUGUGAGCACGUCGAGACGGCGCAGGGAGUGCCUCUUACAGUCACCGGGGUAGCCCAAUGCAAGGUUAUGACAGAGCAAGAAUUCUUGUCAACUGCAGCCGAACAGUUCCUCGGCAAAGAUAUCGAACAUGUAAAAGCUGUCAUCUUGCAAACGCUUGAAGGCCAUCUUCGUGCCAUUCUAGGUACGCUGACGGUCGAAGAGGUUUAUCGCGAUCGAGAUCAAUUUGCUUCGCUUGUCCGUGAGGUAGCAGCACCGGACAUUGGCCGAAUGGGCAUAGAAAUCCUAUCCUUCACUAUCAAGGAUGUUUUCGACCAAGUCGAGUACCUGACAUCCCUGGGGAAGGCUAGGACGGCGGCCGUUAAGAGAGAUGCAGAUAUUGGUGUAGCGCAGGCGGAAAGAGAUGCGGGCAUCCGCGAAGCAGAGUGUGAUAAGUCUGCGAUGGAUGUCAAAUACGGCGCAAACACGAAGAUCGAAGACUCACAUCGAAUGUUUCAAUUGCAAAAAGCUCAGUUCGACGCUGAGGUUAAUACAAGGCAAGCAGAAGCUGCCUUGGCGUACGAACUACAGGCGGCAAAAUUGGCCCAGAAGAUCCGCGGCGAAGAGAUGGAAAUCGACGUUGUCGAAAGGCGAAAGGAUAUAGCCGUCGAGGAAAAAGAGAUACUUCGGCGAGAAAAGGAAUUAACGGCGACGAUUAGAUUGCCCGCUGAAGCGGAAGCCUACCGCUUGGAGAUGAUUGCUCAGGGAAAAAGGACGCAGACGGUAGAAAGCGCUCGUGCGGAGGCCGAGAAGAUCAAGAUGACUGGUGCUGCGGAAGCGUACGCCAUCGAAGCCGUAGGUAAAGCCGAUGCAGAGCGGAUGCGACUUCGGGCCGCCGCGUACAAACAGUACGACGAAGCAGCCGUUCUCUCGCUGGUUUUGGAUACAUUACCGAAACUCGCAGCGGAGGUGGCGGCGCCACUCGCUAAGACGGACGAAAUCAUACUGCUCGGUGGGGACGAUCGCACGUCGCAGGAGGUCGCAAAAUUAUGCUCGCAACUACCGCCUACCGUUCAAGCGCUUACCGGUAUCGACAUAUCCAAGAUCCUGACCAAGAUUCCGGGCGCCAAAUAGUCGCGUUAAGCGCGAACACGCACAAGUGCCUCACAAGCGCACCAUCGUCAUACAGUAGAUGAAUACGAAAGAAAAAAACGUCGAAACAAUUGGCAAUAGAAUGGUAGAAAACCACAAAGCCACGACAUCAACGAAAGCUAAAAUCAACCCAACGCACCCCUUAUACAUCGACCCAUCUCAUGGAUGAGAGACGGGAAAGUAUGAAACGAAGUGAAAACUACGUAUAAUCAUCACCUAUUCGUGAUGUUUAGCAGUGUCCGUAAGAAUUUCCUGGUCAUUUGGAGUAGCGCAAUCAACGGCCGCCAAAGGUUUUCAGGGUUCCAGCGAAACCAGUAAGCAAGCGGCAUAGCUUCUUGUAGUUGUUGUCGUCAGCCAUUACACGCGGUAUCAGAUACACCGUUUCAUCGUUUGAGAGAUGUGAUUUCGUAUAGCAAUAUAUGUGAAGUUGUCAAGUUUAGCUAACUUAACUUUAUCUCAGGAAUCCAGCAACUUGCUAGAGAUGUCGGCGCUUUACCGUAUCAUUUAAGUUAGUUGCUUGCGUACAAGAUGACAUUCAACCUACCAGUAAGAAGUUUUACAUUGUCUUACAUGGCCAUCCUGUCCCUGACCACUCUCAACUAGCUAUUUCAUUCCUGUAAAUCUAUCUCGUCAAUGAGAAGCUUUACCUUUUAACGAUUGUAGUAUAAUUCGACACUUAAAUACCCUCCUAAGGAGAUCAUUCGCUCGGCAGAAUUAUCUCAUGGCGUGUAUUGCGCUUGCUGACAAGCCCGACCAAUUUUGCGAAGUGGCCAACGACCAUCUGCAGGGUAACUGUGCAGCUCAGCUAAGGUUGGCCGUAAGAUUCACACUGGAAGAGAUCGACUCAUUAGUUUUCGAGAAGCACGCCAGCCAAUCGAUAAUGCUAGCAUCAACACGUCCGUGUAGCAAUAUUCGUGUUGCAUAUUUGCACGAAAUUGUAUUUUAUAGAAGUUUCCCUUGAUUUGCAUUAGAAUUAAAGUUCACAUAGCUACUAUGAUUAAUGCAGCGAUUGCAUCUGUGAGACACCGUAGGUCGUUUUAACGAUAGCAUGGCCCACAAUUUUCUAAUCACUUUCCAGUGAUAAUUGGCAUGUUUGUUAUUCCUUAUACGUAUUGAAUAUCGAUACUCGACAUUCAUGAUUCGUUCCCCCUUAAGAGUCCUUCUGAUUGCUAUGUACUUGAAAAAUGUUGGGUUACCCUCUUCGAGUGCAGCCCUCCAUAAUCGCAGUAUAGAUGUCGUGUGUAAAUUAUCGCCUCGAUAACUGAAAUGUUCUUAGUGUUGGUAACCUCCCCGCUUGUAUUCGUGUAUUCCUCUAUGCCUCAAGCUUCUAUCCAGAGCCUCGAACUGUCAAAUUGAUGUUUAUCGAUCUUAUCUCCGUAGUUCCGUAGCUUCUCAAUCAUGUAACGUCUUUUUGUAUGAAGGAGCCCGGCUAUUCUCGGUCAGAGAUAAUUUCGUCCUGCAAAAAAGUUGCAGGACAAAGCGAAGCCAAACAAGAUUCCGACAAAGACGAAAACUGUAGGUGAAUAGUGAUGGACUACAGUGGUGAACAAACAAGGAUAAUUAUUAUGAUUAUUGCUGAUAAGGCAUAAAUUAAAAGAAUGUUUACAUUUUUUUGUAUAUCAAAAUAAUAUUAUUAUUAUCAUUACGGAGUGAUUAGCCUCACUGCCAGCCACAUCACAGCCUUAGACGCCUUUGACCAAAGGCAUUUACUCUAUUUCGCCAAGGGAAUGCGCAACAGGUGCACAACCUUGGUCCUAUUGUUUGAGGCCACAAGGUGUGUCGUAGCAUCCGUAUAAAUGUUCUGAAACACAUUCAUGGUAUUCUCAUAGGCGUAAUGCUAAUCAGGUGCUCGCAGCUUAAACGCACCAGGAUUCAAGCGCGAUGCAUAUUAUGCAGGUCGUUUUAAAACGAUGCGAUAACAAUCUUGAUGAUUUGUGGCCUUUAUCUCAAUAUGUAUUUGUUUGAAGUGAACGGGGCAACUAAAGCUAGUGUAACGUGUACCAGUUAUUACGUGUCAAUCAAUGAAACAAUGCUAAGAAUAAUUUGCAAUGGUGUAGGAACAACGAAGGACAGACAGGAAAACACUCGGAGAUGGAGACAACCUGUCGCCUAUAGGUCAAUGGUCACCUUAAAGUUCCCCAUCAUGGCGUCGAAUUUGAUAUUGUUUAUCCCUAACUAAAUACUUUUUUGCAAAGUCAUUUUACGGAUUGAUGUUCAGUUCUCUUAAAACAAUCUUCACAUAUGAGUUAUAAAAAUCAAUGAACACCAUCGACAACCAGAUUUUACUUUUCGUUGCAUCUCUCAGGGCACUGGUGGCUUCAGAAUUCGAAAGAGAGUUGGACUUUAUUUUUUAAGAGCUUAUUUAAGUACAAUUUUUUGUUACUUUUUACAGUUUUUGUUAAUAAGUUUUUGUAAGCUUUUUGUACCGACGUAAAUGACACCUCGCCAUUAAACCGAGAAGAGUCUAUCUGCGUUGGUCUAAUAGAAAUUAAAAAUUCAAGUUAUUUAAUUGAAUCUAGUCGUCUAGUUAGUCUAGUCAGAAGAAAAUAUCCUAUGCUGACCAAAAUUUACUGCAAGAUUGCGUGUAGCGGUUUACAUCGAGCACUUGAGACCAGCGAAUGUUGAACCUAGGAUCACAUCAACUAUAGAGAAGCAAGAUGGAAAGACAAAAGCAUGCGGAACGUGCUGUAUGUUGGGGUAUCAGGGGCAAAACAGUGGCAAAAACUAACAACGAAAUUCAUUAAUCGAUUGUCCAUUAGAAGCAAAUCCGGGGCCUUCUCCCUUUGGCUUUCAUGAUAUGAAAAUACUAAAAGCAAUGUUUUUCACACUGUUUGUAAUAGUCUAUGCUACUGGACAUCAGCGAGGGCAGUUGCGUCAAUUGAUCUACACGUAUAGAAACACAGCCGCUAUAUAAAUAUAAACCAGUAAGUACAUGUAUGUAUCCGCCUUGCUAUGACAAAAUAACCAUGGUCACGAGACACGAGUCAAGGACGAAUCUGUUUAGCUUCAACGAACAAGGUUCUUCGUAAACUGCGACAAAGGGCUCGAUUUGACGUAACGCUGAAAUAACCCAAUAUGCAGAUGCGAAAUCGAGUGCACGAGUAGGGUCAUCUCUCUAAUACCGUAGUGGAUAACGUGCUUUCCCGCUAAACUUGAGGACACGUGGUAGCAUAGGUUCAAAUCCGGACGUGGACACACUUUGUUUCGCGCUGGGAGUUAACCGUUAUUGUUUCAGAGGGAAAGCAAGGUGAAGGAAAACAUGCGAAACAGAAAACUGGCAAACUCGUAUAGCCGGUGGAUGCAUAUAGCAUUAUUUAUAGAAGAUAAAUGAAGGAAUAUUUAUCGAAUGGUCGCUUGAAACUAUUAGCUGAUACAAUAGCAGGAACGUUUAAUUAGUGCAUAAGUGAACAAGCUAAAGAGGUUACAAGAAAUGAGAAAGUGAUGAACAGACACUUGUGGCAGAAUAUACCAAAAACCUACUUAUUAUACACAAUAUACAAUACACAAAAUAUUAUGCACAUAGCGUAUAAUUAUAUAAAUUAUAUAGAUAUAAUAUUGGUAAGGCUAUAUUGUAGGGCUUAUGUUGCUUUAUAUAUAUAUAUAUAUAUAUAUAUAUAUAUAUAUUACAUUAUACGCGUUUUUGAUGCAACUGAAACGUGCGUAAGCGAUGUGUGAUUGUGCAGAAAAUAAAAUGAGCUACACUAUGAUUUACCGAGAGAGAAUUAAUGGUAAAAAUGACAAAUGCAGAAAGCUGGGUAAGAGGAUUAGAAAUAAACAAAUAUACUGAUCGUUUACAUUGCAUUAUGA